GCGGGAGAGAAGGGGAAGGCAUGUGUUGGUUUCUGGUUCCCCUCACUCUGCUAGAUACCGAGGCGAGAGCAAGAGCGAUUCCUCAGGCCAAGAGAGGAGACCAUCAUGGCGUCGAGAGCGUCAAUCGUUCUCCUCGUGCUGGGUCUCCUGGCGGCCUGCCGUAGUUACGAGGUCACGAUGCUCGAAGAUGUCGUUGGAGAGUACGACUUCAGAAUGUUCCGGGACCUCUUUGUCAACACCACGAAGCAGCUCACGCAGUCCAUCAGUCAGCUGCAAGAAAACGCUGCGAAGAGUAACACGCUGCAGGACCUGAUGGACGCUGUCGAGGAGCUGAACGAGUCCUUGGCGACGCUGACCAAGCACACCACUUCGGUCAGGGACUCCGUCAACAACGCUGCCGACAGUACCACCACAGAGCUGCAGAAGUUUCAAAACCAGGUCCUGCACAAGCUCUCCGAUGUGAAGCUCCUGGUCGAGUCGAAGACGAAGGAAAUGGAGGAUACCGUGUCAAGGUUCACCAGACUAUCCCACAACCUCAUGGCCGGUGACUGCCAGGACUUGUAUGACAUGGGCUUCAACGCCUCUGGAGUGUACUUUCUGCAGAAGUUCGGACGGCAGGUCCUUUGCGACAUGGAGUCUGGCGACGGCGGAUGGCUUGUCAUACAACGCCGCGCAAAGGUGGUUGAGCAGGUCGACUUCAACCAAGACUGGCACGAGUACAAAGCAGGUUUUGGCGACUUGGAGAGCGAAUUCUGGGCCGGAAACGACUUCCUGCAUGUCCUCACCAACCAGAAGACAUACAAGGUCUACAUAGACAUGGUCGACUUUGAAAAGGGGCCAUACUGGGCGUCUUACAACAACUUCCGGGUCGGUAGUGAAAGAUCUGGCUACCAACUCGACAUUGGAGAAUAUUCUGGAAAUGCAACAGAUGCCUUCACCUACCAUCAUGGUCGCCCUUUCACGUCAAACGACCGGGAUAAUGACCUUUACGCCAGCGGCAAUUGUGCCUCUUUCUUCUCUGGCGGAUGGUGGUACGACAGAUGCUACGACGCGCACCUGAACGGCGUGUACCCUGUGACCCCCGACCGCCAGAACGCCUCCUUCAUCACGUGGUGGGCCAACGAGGAGGAGGGGAAGGUCCCGCUGGUGCUCACGAGCGUCACCAUCCGAGUGAAGCCCAUUUCGCCCUGAGAUGACCUCUUCUCGUGACCUUUCUUGACCUCGAUUCUUGGAGUCUUGGGAGAUGCGGGGUCAGGAGGAGGCAGUGGACCUCUUCAAGGUUUUCUGUUUGGUUGAUAUAUAAUUUUUUUUUUUAAUUCUUUGGUCUCUCGGUCUUUGAUAUCUGUUUGGUGGGGCAUCUCUCUCUCUCUCUCUCUCUCUCUCUCUCUCUCUCUCUCUCUCUCUCUCUCUCUCUCUCUCUUCUCUCUCUCUCUCUCUCUCUCUC